ACAAAAAAUUGGGGUGCAAUAACAUUUGAAGCACACCUAUAUAUCGAUGACGUCACAGGUUUCUUGGAAUUUCACGAAUCGAUGAGAAAGCGCCCAAAUGAUGAAGACUGUCAAGGUUGUCAUGUUCAGGAAGAUGGACCUAUAUAUCAAGUAUCUGAUACAGAUGAAACCAUUGUAAGACUUCAUUUUGUCAAGUUUGAGACAAAGUUUAUAGAAACAUGUCUUGACUUUAUACAAGAUCAUUCUAGUGGUUCGAGGAAUCCACUGUCUGAGAGAUGUAUCAAAGUGACUGGAGGUGGUGGUUACAAAUAUACAGACCUCAUCGCUGAGAAAUUAGGAGUUUGUGUUGACAGGGAGGAUGAGAUAUCUUGCCUAAUCAAGGGAUGUAACUUUUUGCUCAAGAACAUUCCUGAUGAGGUAUUUAUAUACCAGCGACAUGGCUCACCGGAGUACAAGUUCCAAGGGGUCGAUCAUAACAUCUUCCCUUAUCUUCUUGUUAAUAUUGGCUCAGGUGUUAGUCUUAUAAAGGUAGAGUCUGAAGACAGGUUUGAACGUAUUGGUGGGACCGCCACUGGUGGAGGCACUUUCUGGGGUCUAGGCUCACUUCUCACAAAAGCAAAGACAUUUGAUGACCUGCUACAUCUGGCAGAGAAAGGGGAUCACCGUAAUGUGGACAUGCUAGUUAAAGAUAUAUAUGGGGGAGCGUACUCCACUAUAGGACUGAGAGAAGAUAUUAUAGCCAGCAGUUUCGGCAAGGCAGCUAGAUCUCCAAGGUCUGCUACACAGGCUGAGGAGCAUAAUUUCAAGCAGGAGGAUCUGGCACGGAGUCUGCUGUUGUCAAUUAGUAAUGAUAUUGGUCAGAUAGCAUGUCUCCAUGCCAAACUGCAUUCCUUGAAGAAGAUAUAUUUCGGAGGAUAUUUCAUACGAGGACAUCCACUAACCAUGCAUACUAUAACCUACGCCAUAAACUUCUGGUCAAAGGGAGAGAUUCAGUCCCUGUUUCUGAGGCAUGAAGGCUACCUAGGAGCAAUAGGGGCCUUUCUGAAGGGGGCUGAGGAAGAAGAUGCAGAAUUGUAUUCCUGGGAAGAGAACUUUGCAGGAAGUUCUGGUCUGGCUGAUCCAAAACCCUCCCCACUCAUUAUACAACAACGAAACUCUGAGUUUGACAUGUUAGAAUUUGACCGGCUGGAGAAAGCAUUGUUACCAUGUCCCCUCCUACUUGACCAAGACAGUUACCUCCCAGAUACGGUUGAUCUCACUCAGGAUCCACAAGCAAGAGAGUACUGGCUACAGUGCUUUGUUGACAGUAUAGAAAAGCAAGAAGAGCAAGCUAUCAAGUCUCAAGCUUCUAUCAACCUUGAGGAUGCUCGCAGUAGAGCUGCCCAAUUUAAGCAGAAAUAUUUACAGAGGCUUGAAAACUUAAAGCGGAACCCAUGUGCAUAUGGUUCCCUAAAUGUACGGGGUUUGCUCGACAUGAGAAGCCACUGCUUGAAGGAAUUUGACUUCACCGACCCUUACUCACAGCAAAAGCAGUUUGAAAAUGAGCAAGCAUUAAAGUAUUUGCCACAGCGACUGCUGAAGCUUGAUGCAAUAAAAGAUAGGAGAGAACUUGUUCUAGAACUGGCUAAAGGUUUACUAGCAGGCAAUGUGUUUGACUGGGGAGCGAAGGAAGUGGCUGAGAUCAUGGAGAAAGGUGAAUUCAAGUUUGAAGAUGCUCAAGAUAAGUUACAGGUUAGACCCUGGUUGAUGGACAACUUUGAUGCCUGGAUGGACAGAGGGAUAGGCACAAAGAGUUAUAAAUGUGCUGUUAUAUUCUGUGAUAAUAGUGGGGCAGACAUUAUACUGGGGAUGUUCCCAUUUGCUAGAGAUUUGCUCAAAUCUGGUACAAAGGUAAUUAUCUGUGCCAACUCUAAGCCAACACUUAAUGAUGUAACAUAUCAGGAGCUGGUUAUACUGGUUAAACGUGUGGCACAGAUCUGCCCUCUUAUUGGUCAAGCUGCACUAAAAGGUCAGCUUGUUGUCAUGGCAUCAGGUCAAGGGUCACCUUGUCUAGAUCUCAGGUUGAUAGACAAUGAUCUAGUGAAGAAAAUGAGAGCAGAAGGAGCUGACCUUAUUGUGAUAGAAGGAAUGGGACGUGCAAUUCAUACAAACUUUGAAGCACAGUUUCAGUGUGACUCGUUGAAAGUUGCUGUGUUAAAAAAUCGAUGGCUAGCUAAGAGGCUUGGAGGAGAUAUGUUUAGUGUAGUGUUUAAGUUUGAGCAAGGUCAAAUAUCAGAGGGAUUGGAUGCCAUAAAUACAGAUUGAGUGUAGUCAAAGUCUUGCCCAAAAUUGUUUUUCGGCCCAUAAAGCUUUUUUUUGUGGGGAUGGGGGGCACUUAGGUUUUGCCUUGUCUGUAUGCCCCUCCUCUGAAACUGCUGACCCAAUUUCAAAAUUAGGUUCAUAGCAAUGUUCUUUAAUUGGCCCGCUACCAAAUUCUUUCAAAUCAUUCUGUUUCAUUUAAAAACAUGUCUGCCAGGGGGUGUGGCAAACCUUUCAUGUUUGGCUACAUUGAAAUUUUUUUCUGUGAAACUGCUAAUACAGUUUCAAAAUUAUUUCACAGCAAAAAAAACGAAACACAUGGCCACUAGAUGGGGGGAGGGGGUAUCUGAUUUUUCUUUUAUGGCUAUUUUUGUGGGGCUAAUUUUCCUAAUACCCAUUAUAAAAUGAUUUAACAGCAGUGUGACCUAUUCCAGAUUCCUUCAAAUCAAACCAGGGUAAUUUUCCCUAUACGGCUGUAUGGAAAACUUUAAAAAUCUUAUCUGAAACCACUAAAACUAGUUCACAACAAUGUUCCUUCAGUGACCUUCUUCCAAAUUCAUUCAAAUUAUUUUGUUUCUUUUAAAAAACAACAUAGCCACGAGGGGGCAUGGCUAGUUUUCCCCUGUCAUUUUAUAUUAAAAAAAGCUUAUCUGAAAUCGCUGGUCCAGUUUCAAAGAAGUUUGUCUGCAAUGUGUCCUCAAAUCAUUCUGUUCUGUUAAAGACAAGAGCCUUGGGACAGGGCUAGUUCUCUCAAUGUAGCAGUAUGUAAAAGUUAAGUCCUCCUGAAAUUGCUCACCUGAAUGCAAAAUAAUUUUAUGUUGAUGUUCCUUGAAUGACCCUCUACCAGAUUCCUUCAAGCUCCCAUACCCAAACCCAUCAGCCUACCUUCACAGACUUUUGUAACACCCUAUUAUCAUUAUCUUAAUUUGUAAAAAUAGUAAUAAAAUAUCUUACUUAUGUAAGUCUUGCCAAAUUAUGGUCAUUAUUUGACCUAAGUGCUGUUAUAUAGUCAAGCACACUGUCUCAUGGACAGCUUUUCUUUUUUGCUUGUUGAAUUUUUAUUGAUGUGUAGCAAUUUAUCAUAAUUUUAGAAUAAAUGAAUUGUUUUAUUCAAGAUGUAAUAUUAUAAAAACAUUUAUCCAGAUGUUAAAUAAUGUAUAUAGCCUUCAUGUGCCAAGAAAUGUCCAGUGAUAUUGUAAACCACGGUGCCAAUAUAAAACCCCAUAUCUGCAAAAUGGUCUUUAGAAAUAGUUUUUAAUCAUGUUUUAUGCCCAACAAAGCAUCACUUGAUUAACUUCGGCUUAAAUGCAUUUAUGAGGUUAUAAAUCUUAAUAAACUGUAUUAAUAAUUGCCAACCACGAAUGGUUUCAAUUCACAUGUUUGUUAAUGUAAUCUAGAACAAAAAACAUAAUGGCUGACUAAAUUAUGCUGAUUUUUGAAGUUGCUUAAACCCCAAACUACAAACUCUCAGUCAAACCUCUAAGUGCAUCCUUUGAAAAGAGUGACAAUUCCCUAAGUGAAACAUAUAUGAGGCUUUCUCCUGUUUCACACAGUUGUAUUGUAAUAAUGUGAUUGGCUACUGAGACAAUGAUUAGACAGAAAUAAGCAGGGACAUUUUUAAGAUAUAGUUCAUUAGAAAAACAUUUUUGUGUCAAAUUUCAGUUUCGGGGUUUUAGAUUGACACCAUGGAUAUAGUCUUGUUAAAGCCAGAUUAGGGUUCCUAAUUAAAGUAGUUUAGUUUAAGAGGAGCAGGAACCACAUGAUAUAUUUCAACAACAGCAACUUUACAUUUUAUAGAUGUACUUUUAAAAUACCAACAUUAAUGUAUAAUUUUGUUUUUGUCUUCUGUUGACAUGAAUGAUACUUCUACAGUUCAUACCAUUUGCAUUUUGCUUAUUUGCAUUUAAUGUAAAUCUGCUUGAAUUACUUCCCUUUAACCUUAAUUUUACAGUUUUGUUGUUAGAAUUAAUUAUAAUUAUAUGGAGAAUAUUACAUGGGUGUAUUUUCAUAUUGAAUUUAUUAAACAAGUUGAAUAAAAUGAUAAAAUGUGAGGCUCUGCAGAGUACUUUAUCAAUUUUAUUCAACGAGUUUAAUAAAUUCAAUACGGAAAGACACAGAUGGUAUAUUCUUAUUAUCACAUAUUAGCUUUCCCUGCGGAAACAUCAAAAAUUCUAUUUCUUUAACUAUUAUAAACAAGUCAAUUUGACCAAUGUCUCCUAUAUUGUAAACGACAUCAAUGUCAAAGCAUUAUUACUCUAUAGUAGUGUAUUAUCGAUUUUAUGUAAUGGCUUUAUUUCACUCCGGCGACAUCAAACAUGUGAUAAACUUUAUUAAAUCACUGAUUCUGUUUGUUACUGACCCAAGUCUAAUAUCAGGCUGCAUCUUCAAAAUAUCAUUUCCAUAUUGAGGCACACAUCCGACUUUAAAUGUGUUCCACAUGUUUAAAGGUCCAAUACUAAGGAAAGUGAACAUUUUAAUUUCUUUUAAAAAGCACAGAAACUAUUUCAUUUUAUUGGAAAAUGAAAGUUGGUAUGUAGAAAUUCGAAAUAAAUCGCAGUAUAUGUACAAUUAUUUUUCUAUGAAGUAUGAAGAAAGUUAAAAAGACCUGGGGGGUCAUUCUGUCAAUUCAUUGAAAUUUCAACAUAAUACACAUACAUUUCUUUGAGUUCCAAAGACCUUCUGUAAAUUUUGACCUGCCAAUCUUCAUUAUUAAGUGUCUUGCAGAAGUCUAUGCACUGGCUAUGAAAAAAAUUGCCAACUCACUUUCCCUUAGUAAUGGACCUUUAAAGUACUUCUUCUAAUGAACCGCUUGAUGGAUCUUCAUCAAACUUCGUCUGUAACAUCAUUGUAAGGUCUUAUUCCAUAUUUGUUCAAAUUGGGGCACUUGGGCCCUUUUAGGGGCCACUAUAGUUAAAAUAGAAAUACCUUUGAAUGAUUUUUUCUACUGGUUAUGCAUUUUUGGAACAGCAAAAUAUAGAAAAAGAACUUUUAAAUAACUUUUGUUUUAAUGAGCAGCUGAAAGGAUUUUCACCAGGCCUAGAUAUAAGCAGUCAGAUGGUUAAGAUUUUCUUCAGACAUUUGGGCUUCUUGUUUGUGGAAAGAUAACUAGUGAUUACAACUAUAUAAUAAGUAAAUACAACAAGGGUAAGACUAUUACGAUGAUACGAAAACUGAAAACAAAAAGAAACUGGGAGUGAAGAAAAUUAAUUCUGAUGCCUAUAUCAUGUGAAGUCAUUCAGUUUCAUUGGAAUAGUUUUCCUGGUUUUAGAGCCAAAACAGUGACAUACGUACAUGAAUUUGUAGCUUUAAAAGAUAAAAUUAAUGUGGAAAUGUUCUUUGACUUUUACAACUGUGAAUUCUACCAAAUUGUUCCUCUGCAAACAUAAAAUGGUUGACAAAGUGUACAAAAUGUUUUACUGGUAACUAUAGUACUGCUUAACUGUGAUAUAUGUACCUGUCAAUCAGAUUUCUUAUUUUUUAAUCUAAAUAAAUGAUUAUAUACAGAA